AUGGAUUUUGGGUCCUUGGAAACGGUGGUGGCCAACUCUGCUUUCAUCGCCGCCCGGGGCAGUUUUGAUGGGAGCAGCACCCCAUCUUCCCGGGACAAGAAGUACCUGGCCAAGCUCCGGCCCCCACUGUCCAAAUGUGAAAGCCUCCGAGACAGUAUCAGCCUGGGGUUCGAGAGCAUGUGCUCAGAGCAGCCCAUUGGCAAGCGGCUCUUCCAGCAGUUCCUGAAGACUGACGAGAGGCACGUGCCAGCACUGGAGCUCUGGAAGGACAUUGAGGACUACGAUAUGACAGACGAUGACCUGCGGCCACAGAAGGCACAGGCCAUUGUGGCUGAGUACCUGGACCCCCAGGCCACACUCUUCUGCAGCUUUCUGGAUGAAGGCACUGUAGAGAGGGUGAAGGAGGGGCCAGCCGGGAGCCAGGACGGGCUCUUCCAGCCCCUGCUGCAGGCCACGCUAGCACACCUGAGCCAGGCCCCCUUCCAGGAGUACCUGGACAGCCUGUACUUCCUGAGGUUCCUGCAGUGGAAGUGGCUUGAGGCCCAGCCGAUGGGCGAGGACUGGUUCUUGGACUUCAGGGUCCUGGGUAAAGGAGGCUUCGGGGAGGUGUCAGCCUGCCAGAUGAAGGCAACUGGCAAGAUGUAUGCCUGUAAGAAGCUGAACAAGAAGCGGCUGAAGAAGAGAAAGGGGUACCAGGGCGCCAUGGUGGAGAAGAGGAUCCUGACCAAAGUGCACAGCAGAUUCAUAGUGUCUCUGGCCUAUGCAUUCGAGACCAAAACUGACCUCUGCCUGGUGAUGACCAUCAUGAACGGAGGUGACAUAAGGUACCACAUCUAUAACGUGGGAGAGGGAAACCCCGAGAGUGCCGGGAGACAGAAAGUGGAGGAGGAAACCAAGUCCCAGUGCAGCCUUGGCUCUGCGGCCCUUGGCAAUGUCCGAAUUUCUGACCUUGGACUGGCAGUGGAGCUGAAGGAGGGGCAGAGCAAGACCAAAGGCUAUGCAGGGACCCCAGGCUUCAUGGCCCCUGAGCUCCUGCGCAGUGAAGAGUAUGAUUUUUCUGUGGACUACUUUGCCUUGGGGGUCACGCUGUAUGAGAUGAUCGCAGCCAGAGGACCCUUCCGAGCACGGGGAGAGAAGGUGGAGAACAAGGAGCUGAAGCAGAGGAUCCUCUCUGAGCCCGUCAAGUACCCAGACAAGUUCAGCCAGGCCAGCAAGGACUUCUGUGAGGCACUGCUGGAGAAGGACCCUGAGAGACGCCUGGGCUUCCGAGAUGGGUCCUGUGAUGGGCUUCGGGCCCAUGCCCUAUUCAAAGACAUCAGCUGGAGACAGCUGGAGGCUGGAAUGCUGAUCCCUCCGUUCAUCCCGGACUCCAGGACUGUCUAUGCCAAGAACAUUCAGGAUGUUGGUGCCUUUUCCACAGUCAAAGGCGUUGUCUUUGACAAGGCAGACACAGAAUUCUUCCAAGAAUUUGCCUCCGGCAACUGCCCCAUUCCCUGGCAGGAGGAAAUGAUUGAGACGGGCAUCUUUGGGGAGCUGAAUGUGUGGCGUCCUGAUGGGCAGAUGCCAGAUGACAUGAAGGGGAUCACUGCAGGGGCAGCGGCCCCUGCAUCCAAGUCAGGAAUGUGUCUGGUCUGCUAG